GUAAAAAAAGUCUUCAAUAUAUCAGUUUGUAUUACCAAUAGGGGUGUACAAAAACUGGACCGGACCUGAACUGACCUGAUCCGGACCGGACCUGACCCGGACCUGUUGAUUCAGGUCCGGUCCCGGUCCUGAAAAAUCAAGGUUCCCAGUUCCGGUCCGGACCCGGUCUAAACCCGGGGUUUUCAGGUCCGGACCUGAAACCCGGAAAAAUUGUAUUUUAAAAAAAAAAGAAAAAAAAAAAUCAAAAAUCAAAUUAACGCUGCUUGCUGCUUUGCUUGAGUGACGAACUGACGAUUCUGUUCUCUUUCAUUUCUAACCCUAAGUCCCUAACGCUAUCUCCAAGACUCCAAUCUCCAAACUCCCUGACUGUCUAUCAAAUUAACGCUGCUUGCUGCUUUGCUUGAGUGACGAACUGACGAUUCUGUUCUCUUUCAUUUCUAACCCUAAGUCCCUAACGCUAUCUCCAAGACUCCAAUCUCCAAACUCCCUGACUGUCUCCCCCUCUCCCUCACUCUCACUAUCUCUCAGCCAGUCAGCCCAACGCCCACCGCCGACAGUGACACCUCCCUGCCUUCCUCACUCUCUCAGGCGAAGCCCAGGCGCCCACCGCAUGAGACAGCUGCCGCGCGAUUCUCCAUUUCUCCGACUUGCCUAGGGCUAACAAGGGAGUGGAGGAACCACGGAUUCUUAUUCUUGCAAUGUAAGUUGCUCUUAAAUUUUUUUAUAAAAUGGUAUGUGUAUAUAAUUGUUACUUUAAAAUUACUUAUAUUGUCUAUAAUUAUAUUGUAGAUGGAGAGCUCUCAAUCCAAACAGUUUGCUUCUUUUUCUGAACAAACGUCACAACCACUUUCUGAAAAGGAUAUGGAAGAAUUGCAAUCUACUUUUCCUCCUGAUAAGAAGCUAAAAGCGGGGCGGGAGUAUAUAUGGAACAGAAAAAGUAAGAGGAAAGCUGAGUAUUGGAAAUAUUACUUAGAGAACGUCGAGAAUGGAAAACUACGAGCUGAAUGUAAGUUUUGUCCUAAAACUUUUGCUGCUGAUGGUAAUCUUAAUGGUUCCAAAAAUGUUAAAAAUCAUGCAGAAUCAUGUCUCGGUAAUCCUAUUAAUAUAGAAAAAGAAAAGGGCAAAGAAAAGCAAACUAAAUUGUAUUUUGAUCAAGAACAUGAGAGUGGUGAAUUAAAGUGUGGGAGUAGGAUUAUUAACUUGAAUGAUGUUAGAGAGGCAUUGGUUCACAUGAUUAUUAUUGAUGAGUUACCAUUUAAGCAUGUGGAAAAACCCGGUUUUAGGCACUUUGUGCAAGUUGCAUGUCCACAAUUUCACAUUCCAUCUCGUGUUACCAUUGCUCGUGAUUGUUUAAAGUUGUAUUAUAGUGAAAAAGAGAAAUUGAGAGAAAUGUUUAAGACAUUUGAGGCAUGUUUACAGUAUUGGGGUAUUGAUGAUAAACUUUUUACUGUCACUGUUGAUAAUGCUUCUUCAAAUGAUGUUGCUUGUGCACACUUGAGUAGAAUGAAUUCCCCUGCAAGAAUACUUAGAUUCAAAGAUCUUGUGCAAAAAGCAAACAUAGAUUCAAAAUCUUCUUUAUGCUUUGAUGUCCCCACUCGUUGGAACUCCACAUACAUAAUGUUGGAAACGACUUUGAAGUUUCGACGUGUUUUUAGUGGGUUAUCUCUUCCUGAUGGAGAGGAUUUGAAUGACAAUGAAAGGCCUCCCGAACCCGAAGAUUGGGAAAAAGUGGAGAGGUUAGUUUUGUUUCUAGAGGGGUUUUAUCUGUUGACUAAACGAAUUUCUGGUUCCCAUUAUGUGACAGCUAAUAAAGGUUUAGGAGAAAUUGCUUCUAUGUAUGAUAUGUUGAAUAAUUGGGAACAAAGUGAGGACUUGAAUUUUCAAGCUAUGGCCAUUGCAAUAAAAAAAAAGUUUGAUAAGUAUUAG